CCUUCUCGUAUUUGACUUCUCCUCGAGGCGUUUAAGAUGUGAUAUAUUUCGCGAGAGGAGGAAACGAAAUGAUGAGCUGAAUGCUUGGAAACUUGCUGAAUAAGUAGAGAACCUGAAUAGAUGGCCUCAUCACCCAUGAGUGUGCAUGAUCCAAUGGGAAAUUCCCACAACAGAGGAAGAACAAAAACGAAGCAAGUAAUUGAAAAGGAAGGUGCAAGCACCUUUAACUCCAGAGAUGAAAAUGAUGGUGCUGAAGAGAUAGAUGAUGGAGGAUUAAGGGAUUUUCAGGAAUCAAAAUUGAAGAGGCAGGAAGAAAUGAAAAACUUAACAGAUGUGAUUAAACUAAAGUUAGAUGUCAGAAAGGAAGGAUAUGUAGAAGAAGAAAGGAGUAACCAAACAGUGCAUGGCACUAGCAACGGUAAGCCUUCUAGUGAUCAAUGCCAAAGUAUGUUGAAUGCCGCUUUAGAAGCUCAGCAAAGAAAUCUGCAUAAAAAUCAUGCUUCAACUCAAGAUACUGUAUCAAGUGAUGAUGGAAGGGAUCCAGGAAGUACAUUUGAUGAUGGCCAUGAACAACAAAGUGGUUUAAACCAAGCUAAUGGGACAUGUGAUGUUGCUGAUGGUGCAGAUCAUAGUAUUCAUGACCUUGAAUUGAGAGAGUCUUAUACACCAAACUCUCUAGGUCAAGGUACUGGGUCCUUUCCUUCUUGUCAAGACAAACCUGAUACUAACCCUAGUACAAAUACAAAUUGUGGUAAUGAAGGAGCUGAAAGCAUCAGGAAAAAUCCAGCUCAGCGGAGGAAUAUAAGAAGUACAUCUGAUGAUAGCCAUGAACAACAAAGUGGUUUAAACCAAGCAAAUGGGACAUGUGACGUUGCUGAUGGUGCAGAUCGUAGUAUUCAUGACCUUGAAUUGAGAGAGUCUUAUACACCAAACUCUCUAGGUCAAGGUACUGGGUCCUUUACUUCUUGUCAAAACAAACCUGAUACUAACCCUAGUACAAAUACAAAUUGUGAGAAUGAAGCAGGUGAAAGCAUCAGGAAAACUCCAGCUCAGCAGAAAACUCCUGAGGAACAGAAUGAUUAUUCUCGUACUUCAUCUGUACCUCCAACACCUCAGUCAAAGAUAGAAUCUAGAACUCCUGAAACUGUGCAGAUAGUUCCUGGUGCAAACCCGAAAGGAUUGGGGGAAGAUGGAAAGGAAAAGAAGGUUUUUGAGAAAAAAGAGGAAGGAAAUGCUGCAGCUCAACAGUCUACAGGUCAUGAGCAGUUGAAAAUGUUGGAAGUGAUAAAAGAAAAUUCUGAACUUUUGGAGAAGCUCUCUAAAUAUUUGGAUCAUGAGAUGAGAGUAAUAAGGUGCUGGAAACAUCUGGCCCAUGUUUUGGGUGUUCCUUCAGAUGAAACCAGGGAGUUUGAAAUGUACUCUGAGCACAGUCCCACAGAGGAUUUAUUUGUCUAUCUCACUCAAGUCUGGCGUCCUGAAUUAGAAGUCAAGGAACUCAAGCAGAAACUCCAGAAAAUUCAUCGCAAUGAUUUGAUUGAAAGCUUGAACACAGGGCUUUUCAAAGAUAAUAUGAAGGUGGGUCAUCUCAUCUCUGGUGAAACAAAGUUCAUUAAGUUAUUGUCACCAAAACUUGAUAUAAACUCAAGAACCAUUGGAAACUGGAGAUCUUUGGCAUCAGAGUUUGGUAUCACAAAACAAGUGGCAGAGAAAUUUGGAUUACGUGGUUCAGGUCCUUCAGCAGCGCUGUUUCGGUACAUUGCCUCAACAGAGAAGCUCCGUGAUUUGACUAUGUUGGAGCUGCAUGACCAUUUUGAAGGCAUGGGGAGAAAAGAUCUGGUGAAUUUAUUGAAAAAAGAGUUUGAAAAUAAAAGCAUUGAAGGGAGUAUGUUUGUUAGAGAUGUGGUCGUAGAUGAGUCACCGCUCUUAACAGAAAUAGGAGACCGUCUUAACAAAGAUAUCCGAGCAAUCAAGAACUGGCGCAAUUUGGCAUACAGAUUGAAAAUUCCCCCCGAGACUUAUAAAGCAUUUGACAGUUCUAAAGCUGAAGCAAAGAGCCCUACUAAGAUGAUGUUUGCGUGGCUUGCUCGAUGGAAGCCAAAUCUAAGUGUGGGUGAUUUGCUGGAAGGCAUCAAGAAAAUUGAUCGCUAUGAUGUGGUGGAGCUUGUUACAAAAGAGGCUGAAAUAGUUUUUCAGAAAAAAGAGCAUGGAAAUGCUGCAGCUCAACAGUCUACAGCAAAGCAACUCAGUGAUCUAGAGCAAAUGCACUUAGAAAAGGACAGGGAGAAGUACAUAUUUUCAAAUCUGGAGAAGAAUGCUGACGUAAAGGGUUUUAUAGUUCGAGGCAACUGUGGAGGAGGAAACUGCAUGUUUCAUGCCCUGUCCAGGCAAUUGGAAAUUAAACUGGGACGCAAAAUCUCUCAUGGUGAUUUGAGGAAAGAGAUUGUCGACUAUCUUGAAAAUCAUCGUGUUCUGCCCAAAGUUGGUGAUCUUUCUUCGUUCAUAUGUGACAAAACAUGGCGAGAAUUUUUAGACGACAUGGCAAAAGACGGCACUUGGGGAAACCAUGUGGUGCUUGUGGCCGCCGCAAACACAUAUGGAACUUCCAUUCGCGUGAUUAGCAGUGUGACAGAUCAUGAAGAUAUUUUAGUCACUCCAAGUUACACAUCCAGCCAAGACACUGAGACGCUGGUGCUGGGACAUGUUUUUGAGUAUCACUAUGUCAGUCUUGAACAAAAAUCCAUGUCAGCUAUAGGAGGAAACUUCCAAUCGUCAUUUGAAAACCGACCGUUUUCAACAAAAUCGGAGUAUGGACAGCUUUCCUUCGGUUCAACAUACCAGCAACGUCAGCAAUGCUAUCAGCAAGGAUCGGCCUUAAAUCAACCAGAGGAAUCUUGUAGAUCUCCAGGACCGUUUCAAUCACAGAGAAACUAUCUAUCAAACGGAUCCUUUAUUUCAUCAGGAUCACAGGGCCUGGGGAUCUGUCAGAACUCGCAGACAAAACGAGUGCCCUUCUUUGAGGAGGAAAGACUUGCAAUAAAAGUGAGGCAGUUGCCAGUUGGAGUUUACUGCAAGAUUUGCAUGAAGCUGAGCGUCAAACGGAAUAUAACUUUUGACGAUUUUCGUAUGGUGGCUGAAAAGCUUGGCAUGGAUAGGGACACCAUGGAAUUUUUAGGCCAACAAAGUAACCCAGCUGAUGUUAUGUUCUCCCAAUUUGGACGAAAUUUGCAGGUGGAUAAGCUGAUCAGAAUUCUUCACGAAAUGGAGCGGUUUGAUAUUGCUGCUGUUUUGGAGGAUUGGGUCGUAACAGGAAAUUUCAAUCAGUCCUAAGGCCUGACUAACAUCAGAAUUUUUAUUCUGUAAAUUUUAAGAGUUAUUGUUUUCGCUACAAAGAUGUAAAAGAAAGACGUUCACCAAACAAGAACUUAAGUGAUGUCUUCCAGGUAUUGGUUAAGAGUUUACUGAGUUAAGACAAAAUCAACGAAAUUGAAACAAUACCCAACUGGUAGAUCUGUCGAUAAAAGCUGCGUCAAACUAAAGAUCGGAAGCGACAGGAAACUUAAAGCACUUCUGGUGUCACAGGUCUGCAUGGUAAUCAAACCUUGGCCAUAGCAGAUUGCCCCACACCAAAAAACGAAAUCGAAGAGAAGAGUUGAGGAAGACGAGUGGCUAUAUUUGUUUCGUUGUCUCCUCUCUUUUCUUAUUUCUCUUUAUACCACAGGUAAACGAGCCGAACGUAGGAAAUGGCUCUUGCAAUACGAAGGUGUGAGAUUUGAAGGCAGACUUCCGGUGCUCGGUAAAAUGCGCCAAAUUUCAAACAGCGAAGAAAAAGGACGUAUAUUAAUAUAAGCAGACACGCACAGCUUAAUAGUUUGAAAUUUGGCGAUCGUCGUCUGAAGAUUCGUUGGACGUAGAACUGUCUCAUGACAUGGUGUAGUUACAUUCAUGCUUGACUAGGAAUUUUCCUGAACUCCUAGCUUGGUAGUAUAUGAAGUGGAGUAGUUCGUUUUAUAAAAUGAAUUGUAUGGUUAUUUAGACUAUUAGACUUGUUCAAUGUGUUAGCAUUUUCGUGAUACCAAACAGUUCAAGCGAAUUUCCAAACGUUUGGUAUAAUCGGAGAAAAAAAAUUACCAGAAAAGUUUUUAAGUUUCUCCGUGAUAUACAGUUUGUGUCUAUAUUUGCAUCCUUGUCCAUAUUUGUUCUUUUUCAGUUUUUGCAAACCUCUUUAGUGUUUAUCUACGUCAGUAAGAUUUUAUUAGAAGGUCUCGUUUAGUUUUAAGGCAAUUUUUUACUAUCGAAUGGAAAACUGACUCAAAAUAUUGCGAGGCAGACAGCAUGACCAAUUACUUUCCAGGUAUUGGUUUAUCACGCAGACUAAUCUUGAAGUAGCUCCUUUUAUAAUGGGAUAUGCGUAGGUUUUUCAUUACUACUUGCUCAGUGUUUUUUGUUGUUGUUGUUUUUCUUUUCGUUGUUGAUUUUGUUAUUUUAUUUAAACGACAAGUGGCAUUCUGGAGGACUGAUCAUUGCUAAAAGAAGCCGAUGUAUUAAAUGGUCUCUGUAUUUAAUUGGAAGUUGAUGGGUAGAGUUCGUGAAAGUCGUGCCCCCACUUAUUGAAUCGCCAUACGGCUGAUCUACAGCCCAGCGACUGAGAACGUGAAAAAUAACUUAGCUAAUUAUUUUGUGUUUAAGAAACAAAAAAAGGUUUAGGUGAACUGAGUAAGCAUAGAAAAUUACAAUGGUAAUAAGAGACUGAAUGAUUUUGUAAUUAAACCAUCAAUGAACUGA